UCUAUCAAUCUGAUAAUGAAAUGUGAGCCGAUGAAGGACCCUGUCAGCCAGUUGCAUCACUUUUUUCAGAAAAAACAAGAAAAAAGCAAUAGAACAAUAGAUCACGGGAAUGCAAUGUUAUUUUGUCAUCAUUUGAACUUUCAAGAAUCAACCAAUAAUGGGAAUUAUCACGGAUUCACGAGCCUCCAGUUAGCCAUACUAUAUGUUUUUUGUGUCUCUGCAGCAGCAAAAACAACUUCAAAACAUCAAGAUUUCACAUUAUCUUUCUCAAAGAAAAUGCAGAAACCAAGAAAAUCUUCCUUCGGAAUCCCGCAAAAUGAGUCCGAAAACACUUCCCGUUUCGACAAGUCUCUUCAAGAGCUGAGAGACUUGCGUUCGCAGCUGCACUACGCAGCGGACUACUGCGAAUCGACAUUUUUAAACAGCAAAAAGAAGAAAAUGGAUGUGGAUAGCACCAAAGAGUACAUAUGCAGAGCUGUGGUUGCUGUUGUUGAUCAUCUCGGAUGCGUUUCGGCUAAUCUAAAUCAUGCUAUUUCUGAAGCUGAUGAAAUUUCUGAUGCUGAAUUUAGAAUUGAUACCUUGAAGCAAAGGCUUCAAUCAUGUGAACAAUUCUCUCACAAAAUUGCUCUAACAAGAGUAAGAUGGCAUCCCAACUUGCCAAAAUUUCAUCGUCGCUACUUAUCAACACCAAUACUAAAUUUUGAGAAAUCAAACGAAAAGGUGACUGAAAAACAUGGAUUUGAAGCAGAAGACUUGCCACUUCUCUUGUACACAUGUUCUGAAACCAUUGAAAAAGAUAAGCCCACUUCAGCAAUAGUAUUGCCUGUUCAUGAUGGUGUCUCAACAUUAAUGUCUAAAACUCCAAUUCCCACUUUUCAUUUUCAACAAAUUUCUGAAAAGCAUGUACGCUAUAAGUUAUUCAAAAAAUCAGUACAUAAUAGCGAUAUUCUAUCGCUUAUUCGACGAAUUAAACGAACAAUAUGAAGAAGUCGACGAAGCCGGAAAAGUUCAUGCACAUCUCUGCAAUAAAAAUGGAACCAUUUAUCGUAUAUUGAAUGCCAAUAAUUGUACUCAGAAAGAUUUUGCAGAUGUUGAAAAUUCUUACAUAUUCUGUGUAUACUCUAGCCUAGGAUUUUUCUAUUUACUUUAAAUUACUGAAAUAUUUCUCAAUCA